AUGUUUAUAAAUGGGUGUCUGCAAUUGAAGUUGCUAUCAAUGGUGGAACAAAAGUUGCAGAAGAUGAAUUUGUUGUCUCAACAGAACUACUGGUGUGGCAGUUGCUGA